AUGGAUACAGUCAUCGAUAUAGAUGAGGAAGAGGAUAGGGCCAAGAACGGAGCCCUGAGGUACUCCGCUCGUAACCGUCACCUCUGCCGAUUGCUGGCCACCAAGACGAACAGUCUGGGACCGACCGACCAAAAAGUCUUCAAUCCAUUUCAAAAGCUUGCCCCUCACCCCUAUGCGGCUGAGCUUGUAUAGGAGACGUUGGUGAGGCACGCUGUCAAAGGCCUUCUUGAAGUCUAUGUAGGCCACAUGCACAACGUUUCCUUCAUCAAUCGCCCGGGUCCACUGCUGAAGACAGUAGAGUAGAUUAGUCAAGCAGGACCUCCCUCUGCGGAAACCAUGCUGUGCAUCGCACAGAAGAUGAUUUUGCUCUAAAAACCGCAUCAGUUCGCGUUUGAUAAUUCGCUCCAUAACUUUGCAGCAUAUGGACGUGAGGCUUACUGGUCGGUAGUUGUUUGCGGAAGCGCGACUGCCAUUUUUAUGAAUCCGUGAGAUCCACGCAGUCUUCCACUCAGGAGGCAGUCUGCCUGCAUCAAGAGAGGCUUGGAAGAGGAGGCUCAGAGGUUCUGCCAAUUCUGUGGCUAGUUCCUUCAACAACUUUACCGGUAUUUCGUCAGGACCGGGCGCGUGCAUUUGCAAGUCAUCACACCCUUUUUGUCCACAAAUCACAAUAUUCUGAUGCAUUCUUCAGUCCCUAAAAGAAUUUCCUAUGCGAGCACAAGUUGCCGACACUUUGUCACGCAUGCUUUUCAGUUUCCUAGCCCGCCUGUUUCUAAAUAUCCCCUGCCCUUGUCCGCUUCCAGACCUCCGAUGAGCUCACUGAGUUUACUAUCUUCCUCGACGACAUUCUACGAGUCCAGUUCACAUCCUCUGUUGACCGCAACAUCAUCAGUAAGGCCGUCGACGAGCUAUGGCCUCUACGGCUGCGAGAUAGUGCAACAUGGCCGGUUCGUUCUCAAGUGAAUUCUUUCUAACCCUAAGCAGUUGCCUUUAUUCUCAAGUUCUCUUUAAAAUCGCAUGUUGUAUUAGGAUUACUCUUUUGAUGCUCUCUACUGCCACUCUUGUCAUUUUGCUUUAGAGAAGAUGGUUUUUGGGGACACGCCUGCGCCCAAUACUGGGUUUGGCUCGCUCUCCCAGGCUCUGUCCUCCUUUCCCAGUCAAACUUCUCGGCAUUGUCUCGUUUAUUGCCACGCAUUUCAACUAGCCGCACGCAGGUUUGCUAAGAGUGCUACGUGACCUGCUUGUCUCGUUAUACCUUUGAAGCACAAAUUUAGAGCCCUCGCAGGCAUUUGGGUAGCGGCCAGUGAUCACGCGGCAGGAGUACCGACAAAGACAGGGGAGACGAAGAUGACUUAUCAUCUGUCGUCAGCCGGCUAUGUCCAGCCGGAGUUUGCAGGGCGUGUGAAGCCCUCCUCAGUAUUUACCUCGGCCAUAGCUUGGGGAGGGAGGGGACACACGAAGCCCGGAGAUUUAGAGGUUGGCAAGAUUCCCUCUAGUGUUACCUUGUAUCUUCGCCGUCUCAAUGCAUUGAGCACGUAAAUGCGUUUGCAUGUUGUCUUUUCUUUGUUCCCUGGCCCUUUCAGACGGACAGCGAGGUCUUUAGGAAGAAGGUUCUGCUUCCUCUGCUGCGUACUAAAAGUGCCUUAAUUCUCCGAAUCACCGAAGAGACUCUGAGGUAAUUGCCGUUCCUCUCAAAAUGCCCUGGUCGAAUCAGGUUGUGAUUACUAGCAAGGCCUUCUUAAUUAUGCCCAUCGCCUUCACCGGUAGGAAAGUAUUCUCUUGUUGCACGACCCAGCGUCCCACAAGGCUAUACACGGUACACACAGCUAGCCUUCAUUUUCAGCUAACCCCCCCUUCCCGGCGAAGUUAUUUUUUGUAAGGUUUCGCGAGACGGUCUUCUUUUCAGAAUGGAGAAGAACUCCUUUUUCUUGUCACUGUGAUUUUCUCAAUUUUUUUUACCGAAUACAAUCUGAUACGACAUGCAGGUAAGUGUCGAAACUCUGAUUUCCCCUGAUACAAACAAACUAGGUCACUUCUAAAAGGAUUUUUGGUGACUACUCUUCUCUAUACCUACCGUUGAGGCUAAGUUAUGUUCUGUUUUUCAGUCUUCGAUUGCUAAACCACACCAUUGUGGAGGACAAUUUGCGUUGGGCUCAGUUUCUGCAGGAUUUCAAUGCGGCCUCUGUUCUCCAGGUGGGCAGAAGUGUCUUCAGUUGAUUUUGAAGCUAACCAGUUGUUUAGACUGGAAUUGGCUAACCCCCGAGACACGUUCCUCACACAGUCAUGCCAGUAUGUAAAAAAAACUAUUUUUCUGCAUGGUGAAAACUGAUGUCCAGUCCCUCCUCGUCCAUCGUGAUAGUUUAAAAUGCAUCAGAUUUAGGUAAGAUGGGGUUGCGUAGCCCCACCUGAUGGACACAAUACUUUUGAGAUUGAGGGUAGAGUUAGGGGUUAGGGCAGCUAUUUCUCAACCGCUCAAAAUACAACCGCGCAUCCCCAGUAGCUCUCCUUUCGCAUACAGCUACUUGACCUCGUCGCCUGUGCGUUCCCCCGUCCCUCUCGGAAAAACCCCUAUUACCACCGGUCCCGUUCUACAGGUGGCUGGGGUUUCUUUACUUCAUGUGGGGCUACAUAGCCAUGCCUGACCGAUUCAUUAUAGUGAUGAGAGCGUACGCCGGAUCGUCUUCGCUCAUUCUUCCACUUCUGGUAAGUUUGAGUAAAGCAAACUGGAGGUGAAAUUCGGUGGUGGCGAUCGCAGCGUUAAGUCCUCGUCUGCGCAUGUCACACAUGCAUUAGCUUUUAACUGCAACCGUAGGGUGUAGGACCCCAACUAACCUCUGGACCCUCUCAUACGUUGAAUGAUGGUAGCACGCAGGACAAAGCGCGGGUGCGGUGCGAAGGAACACAGAAACUAAGUCAAUUUCUGUCGAAAGUCAUAUUGUACGUUGUCCUCUGGCAAAAAGCGGGCGCGAUAAUUAACAAGUAAACGAAGAGCAAUUUUCAAAGAAAUACAGACUUUGAAUAAACCACCGCUUGUAAGUGUACACUUGGUCAGGACGGCAAGGAAAUUUCAACCUAUGGGAACGGCGAAUAAUCGGUCUCAGUGAAUUUCAGUGCACACGCUGAAGUUGCCAGUUACGUGGGGUCCUACACCCUACCGUUGUCGCUUUUCAUGGACUCAUCCUCACAAUCUCAAAUUUCACAUUGAUUGGGGGGGGGCUCUUUGUGGCAGUUCAACUGUCAUAAGCGACGACCGCCGUGUACCCCCACCUCCGGAGUAGGUGCAACACCAAGUGAAUUUCGCGUGAAUUAGUCUAUCGUGGGGCAGACACGCGCAAAAUGGUUGGUUCGAGUGAGAAUCCGAAACGUCAGACUAGUACAUUUCUUAUUCCAGCGAUCGCAUAUUCGUCUGAUCUACUGCACUCUCUCGUCACUCACUCACCGAUGGCACGACGUAGUCAGAGGAGGGCGCGCGCGCGGUGGCCGACAACGCUAAACAGCCACACACACGACCUGGUUCCCAUUCCGGAUGCACCAGACUACUAUAAUGGUGGGUGAGAAUGCCGCAUUGAGAAUGAGCUGUUGUAGCUUAUCUCUCAGUCCUGAACAUGGUCAAUUGACAAACAGUUAAUACAGCCGCAUUCUCGGUGCAGAGGACUGGGUUGUCUCGCCUGUAAAGCCACGAAUUUUACCGCGCCAUAUUUAUUAUGGUGACAGAACUGGACGUGGAGUCGACGUUAAAAGGUUAAUUCAAGACUGGCUACGCAAGGAAUUCCUUCAUUACCCACAAGCCCGGGUCGAGCCGAAUGGAGAUAAGAUGGGGGCGUAGUGGGUGACGCUCCAUAAAUUUCCCAUAUACACACCCUGCGCACCGGAUCUCCCGUUUAGGCCUGACAACAACGCAUGUUUUUUUCGGACCCAUAGCCGUGAAGAUGCGCUCGAAGCCACCAAUGUCUUCGGUGGUGACUACAGAGCAUGGGGAAAUUUUAUCGUCCCUGGUGGUCCGUUUUAAAGAUCUUUGCGACUUAGAACCAACGCGACACAAGCCACUGUUAUUGUUGCAAGGGUCUUCGCCAUCUUGUUACUCUUCCGCUGACACAAGCCACCGUCAUUGUUGCAACGGUCUUCACCAGUUUGUCACUCUUAUGCUGCUCCAAAAAUGCCCGACUUGAAGACGAUAUCCAUUCAAAUCGGAUUUUUAGCUUGACGUAGAUACACUAAUUAACUUGUACGCCUAAGCAGUCUCACGGCCGUCGUCUGUUUUGUAAACUUCGUUGCAGCGUUUGAUUACGUUUAUCAUGAGUCCAUGUGGCAGAUAUUCGGGGAGAACGGUGUGCCAUGAAGAAUUGUCAUUGUGAUCGAGGCCUGCUCUCAUCCUUUCACCGCUCGAGUCCCCAUCCACCGCAACCGUUCGCGUCCGCACAUCCAGUUAAAUAGCGUCAUUGGCGCUAGGCUCACGAAGGGACACCCUUCCCGGCCUUGGCUAUAUCAUAUUUGCACAACGGCCCGAAUCAUGCUGACAAUGUUGACGUGCGGAAUGCAGUUUUCCGGGUCGUCAUGUCGUUUACACAGAAACACAGCGAGAUCAAAAGUACUCUUAUGUUGCCUUUCUGACGAAGAAGAGAUCGCUCGUGCCCCCUGGCUGCCAGCUUGAAGAACUUGACAGUAUCACGGGUCCAACUCGUCUUCAAACGGGCAGACUAGGAACUGCGUCGCUGUCUGACCUGAUGCUGUCUGCAAGGUCUUUGCAAGUCUUCGAAGGUGCUCGCGGGCACGUGGUAGUACCCUAAUCACCAUUAAGUUGGGAGGGGGGGAGGUGCCCGUCCGGUCAGGCCCUAUAGUUCAGAACGUUGGGCUGUGCCCGUGGAGGGCAAACAGAGGAGGCUUUCCGCCACCGUUGUUCGAAAGAUGUAUGAAGCGGUUUGCACACGUUCUUCGUCGUCGGCCCUAUGGGUUUGGUUCUGUUUGCGUUUCACACUGGACGCCACUGCCUGACCGCAGGUGGCAAAAAGGAAGUAGACGCGAGUCGGUGCGGCCAGGUGUGAAGGUGGCUGACAGGUGCGCAGUUUUCGUUUUUCGCUGCUGGACGAGGGAUCGAAUAUCGCGGUCUGUUGCUGCAGACUAUCACACAUCGAGGGGUGCAGUCGACCACCUUGUUUAGACUUGCUAGCCGUCUCAAGUACCAGUUUUUUCACAAAGGUCACUAUGGCUUUCGAGAAAAAAGGUAUCCUGGGGCGUUCAAGCCCACAACUGCCUGUACUUCUACAAUUUUGCCUGGACAAUUUGUGUUUUUAUACUUGGAUGGACGAAGUAGCGGCAGUAAGCCGCAGCUGUGAAUGUAACCGCUGGCGAUAGUUCUACACCUCUAGCCUCGAGCCGUUUGGGCCGAAAAGGAAGGAGGCAAAGCCGAUAAGUUGUGUCCCUGGCUGAUUUUUCAGUCUUCCUCUGGGGGAGGCAGUGGGAGAAACGGCUUCGAAGGAUUGUGCCCACAGACCAUCACUCGCCUACAUCCAGACAACGGACGUCUUCUCGGCCCAUAGUCCGUAGCUUGCGUCCAUACAGUAGUAUCUUCUUGGCGGUGGCCUUACGCGUUUACAGCCUGAUCACCCGAUUCCAGAAGUCUUGAGGUAGUCGAACUUGGGUCGUCAGCGCCUCGUUGAUCCGAUCAUCCAUCCUCAUUUACACCUUUGUCGUUUGUCAGCAAGUUCGACCCGUGGUUGUUGAGGUCAUUCACUAACUUCACUGUCUAACGUGACUCGAUGGUUAUCGCAAGCGUCUUUAAUUGAAAAAAAAUAACACAUUCUGACGAAUGUCUCUUCAGCGACUUUUAAGGAUAAAAAGCAAGAGUAGCCGCGCAGAUUAAGCUCCCUUUCCUUUCCUAACUUCACUUUGUCUUUUCAGCGCAUCGCCAUUGUCGACAAUACUAGCAAGCUCCUGGCGAAGUGCAAGGCGAAGACCACUCGCCGAGCCCGGCAGGAGGUGCUGAACAUCACAAAAGACAGCCUAACGACCUGCGAGGUGAGUUAGUUUGUUUCGCAAAUGACGUCUUCCCAACUGCUGCUCUCGGAAAUUUACUCUCCGCCCCCUCUUGUCACUUUCCGCACCUCUCCCUUUCCUCCUCCCGCCUUAGUAUUCCUUUGACCCCUACCUAUCCCCAUUCUACUCACCCUCCCCUCCUCUACACACUGCCCCCCAUGCUAUGCCCUGUCGAGCCACCAGGCUGCUCCCUCCAAUCCAUACUCCUUACACCAUGCCUCUUAGUCCUACUCCUCAGUCGACUUCUUUCCUCACCCUCCCUGAUCCCAGUCCCUCUCUAGCCCUCUUGCGGCUCUCUCUCUCUCUAGCCCCCGGAUAUUCCUUAUAAUCCUUCCCCCUAACGCAUUUUACACGAUAUCUGUGGGGCCUUCAACUUUGCCACAGUAGUUAUCUUCGGCUUUGCUCUGAAACACCACCCCUCGGCUUUCCGCUCUAUUAGUCAGUUCGAAUCGUCCUCCAGGCAGAGUUGGAUCGAAUGGAGUUCUGCGCGGAGAAAAAACAGAAAGAACUGGAGGCUGCCAUCCAGGGUAGGUUGCAGUUUUUUUUGCAUGCCGAUGAAGUCUGAAAUUCUGCACUAUGACUCUGACUUUAGCAACAACCUGAGAAUUAGACGAGGUUUCGUUGAAAAUUGUAAUUGUUAACUUGUUAUAUCUCCUAACUGAACCAGUCUUUGCGUUCUCUCUGUUGUAGAAUUGCAAGAUUGGGAUGAUACAAUGGCAGAAAGCAAGCGUGUGUUUGCCUGUAAGUUUUCCCCUUUGCACGGGCUCAGGAAGGUGUUGUGCCUCCUCUGGAAUGCUUUAUUUCAGGGGCGAUACCCAUGUUAAAUAUAAAGAAGUCAAAUUUGGCGAACGUACGCUUUCGAUUAUUCUGUGUCGGGUCCGUACAGUUAUACAAGUAAGUUGCGGCAGACCAGCGGAGACAGUCAGUGAGUAGUAGUCAGGAAGAAGAAGAAGAAGGUUGAGGACGUCCAGACAUACCGGUCGAAGCAAAUAUGCGAGUCCCAGGGAGCAGUUCAGAAUAGAAAGGAGAUGAGGUCGCGGGAACAAGAAAUUUAUUGGUCUGACGUGUCGGAUUCUCACUCCAACCCAUCGUCAGUGCCGCCAUCACCCUUACCUGUGCCUGCCUUUGAUGGUGGGUCCAAAUAAGAAUCCGACCCGUUCACAUCCUCUGAUGUUCAUACUUAUCGGGGGUAAACACAGUCUAGUUCUGUCAGGGCCAUGGGGAAGGGAGGAUUCGCAGUGAGUUAUGCCUAGGUUUCAUCGUUGUAGCGCGACAUGACAGGAGCCGGAGGCGAAAAUGUUGGGCUCGACCUAAGCAGAAGGAGCUUGAAGACCUCAGCGAGCAUUAGACUGAGUCAGCUAACCGUAUGGCCACUGCCCCUGUCAUCGCAAGUGUUCGCUGACGAAGGAAGUUGGAGUGCCUAGUCGGCGUCUUAUUGAUGACUCGAAGUGCUUGGUUGACGUCUAAUCGGUGGCCGCUGCCCACCCAGUGAGCCGCAACUGAGCCCAUGCCUUAGUCAGGCAGGAUUGUGCCCACGCAUAUACUUUGAUAGACGCCUAGUCGUUCGACCGUUAUAACUUGUCCUACAGGAGCAAGUCGAGGCGUAGAUGCAUGCGACCAAGGGAUGAAUAAUUGAAAACAUACGUUUGUUGAAUUUGACUUCACCAUUGUUUAAUAUAUUUGUCUUUCGACUGAAACUGUGUUUCACUUUCGCGGCCCUAUCUUUGCCGGGCGCCUGGUUUGUUAGCCGGCAGAUAUGAUUAUGCCACCUCUGCCAAGUUGCCUUAUAUUUACCAAGGCAUUUAUGGGCGCACAGUCCUUUGCUUGAAUAGCAGAUGACCACCGUGUGGGCUGAAUGUCUGUCAUUUGCACCGUUUUCUUACUACGGUAACCGGAAGUUUCCGUCCUUUAACGCCUUCAUUUCCUCUUAUGUGGCCUUUGACGCCUCAACAAAGCGUUUCGGUAGUUUACAGAAUCGAAGUAGUUAACGCCGUUGAAGCUGCGGACUAUCCGACACGAUGGCACUUUUCUGUGGUAUCCAGCGCCCAGAAUGUGAGACAUUCUCUUAAUCCUGCACCUUUUUGCCCUCAGCACUGGACGCGCUGGCCCAGGAUGUCCGUGAUUCGCGACGUCAGCUGGCCUCUUUCAACGAAGAGGCCGCACGUCUGACCAGCCAGCGAAUUAUGCUGACCAAGGAGGUCUCAGCUCAGACCGCAGUCGAAUUGCCCUGUUUCGAGGACAUCACUUACCACUGCACAGUCCCUAUUGGCGCAUCGAGACUCUACGCGAUUCCUCCACCCACUCGCGGAUUAAAAAGAGCGGAGCGGGAGCCAGACUCAGUCGAGUACCCUACGCACCUGUGAGUGUGUUGGAAAUUUCUCAUGCAACAUCGCCUGUCCUCUUCAUUUCCCUUUAGACCUAUGGCUGAAUGGAGUUUUGCUUGGCUAGCCACGAGAGGGAGGAAGGCUCUUAAGUCAAAACUGCCCUCUCCUUGUCAGAACUUACGUCUGUGCAUUUGUAUGGCGGUUGUUCACCCAUCGUGAUCGACGAGGGGACCACCAUUUGCUGGGGGGCGCAGAAAUAUCUUUCGCGUAGCAUCUCUCUCACUCCCUCUCACUAGUAAGACCAUUUCAAAACCACCAGCUAACCGACUCGUAUACACCUGCCACACACGACCUGAAGGGUUCCCUAUAAUGCCACAUGGAAUAGUGACGUGAAUGCCACAUUAAGAAUGGGCUGUCCCAUCCUAACCCUGUCAGCCGGCAACCCUCAAAGUCAAGCCGGGCGCGUCUUUUCGCACAAAACUGUUGAGCAGUACUUUAGUAUUUGCAAUAUAUGUCCUCAGGCGAAGUUUUCGGUCCACACUGGAAAAAGUUGAAGUCGACUAGCCCACGCCUUCGAUUCUUCGUCAUCAGGUCUCCAUAAUAAGAUGCGUCAAAAUUGAGAGACGAAAACUAAAAGACCGCCAGUGGCAAGGGUGACAGGGGUAAGGUGGGAGUCUCAUGCUCCCAAAAGGUCAUUCUUGAAGCUCUUCAACCACUCUGGUCCACGCUGAGCCCCACAUUUUUACUACCUGCAUCUUCCCCCGUUGCGCUACAACGACGAAGUACUAGCACACCCUACCGACAUCCCCUUCCUCCACCCACUAACCUGAGAGCUAGGUUGCUCAUUCAUUUGACAUGUCUAGACAUCUCUCAACCCCCUCCCCCACCACCUCUUUUAUUCUCUGUUGUUCACCUUUUGCUGCCCUACCGUUACAGAUCUGACGAUAGAUAAUCUAAAGCGUGCGUUUGUUGGCCUUGACUUUCUUCGCAAUUCGACUGGGCAAUCAUUAUACGAGAUCCUAUGGAGGCCAGUGUCGCAGGCCUGCUCAGGAUUCGAAUGUAUUCACGGAGGGCUAUCAAAACAACCUCUGCCUUUGUUAAUAGUCUAGCGAGCGAACGCAACCUCGUCGAACUCCAGUCAUAACUGGAGGGCACAAUAGGUGCCGGAACUAGUAAAUCGCUACUGGAAAUGACUUAAAAUGCUUUCGGAUAUAAAAUUUUACGUGAAUGCGUUUACGGCACACAUCAGCGUAAACAAACAUGCCAUGCACAGUAUAAUGCCGGCCCAUUGUCGUGUGUCUUUUCAUCUGAUUGUGCAGAUUGCACGCAAAGAAGUCAGUCCUCAGGAAGUGUUGGCUAUUUUUUGAUGAGUUUCCUAUUCUUGCGCAACAUCGAUGAUAUUUUACAGUAGACGUGCUAUCUCAUGGAUUGUUAGCCGAAAUCCUGAAGUGUGAUUUUCAGUUUCAGUUUACUAAGAGAAAUAUAGGCGAGCGCCUUUGAAUUCCCUAUUGGUUACAAGUCGUCGGAGAAAAACAUUGAUAAGUGGGAAGGUGAAAAAGGGCUUUUGUACAUAAUCGCGGACAGCUCGUUGACAAAGAGUAAUCAUUAACGGUUACUUACUAAUUACAAGCAGUAUAAACACGUAUAAGUUGGUACCGGGUUAUACGAGUGGAUGUGAGGCUGGUAAUUGGGAUGCUUGAUGCGCGUCAAGUCUGCACUUGAAAGAAUUCACACAGGAGGAGAUCACAACAUCGGUAGACGGGGCAUUCCACGCUGCAACCACUCUGUUACUGAAAAAGAACUUUCGUCCAUUGAUUCUUGACUUCCCUGAACGCAGUUUUAGGGGAUGACGGCGCAAAGUGGGCGUGCUAGCUUGAAUGAAAUAAUCAGUGGGAUCUAAACAAUAGUCUAGGCCGUUGAUAAUGCGAAAUGCAAGUAUAAGGUCACCACGUAAUUGCCUGUAGGAAAGGGGAAACAGGUUGAGAGUUGACAGUCUGGUUUCAUAGGGCAGUGCUCCAAGACCUUGUGUCAUUUUGUGUCAUUCUAGAUGAGGUCGCACGAAGGUGCCGCCUCAUCUAAGAGGCUACUUGAGUAGGGUUGUAAUAGUAGUUGUCUUUCAGCUUAGCCACAAGAUAUUUCAGUCACGCCAAGAUGCUAGCUCUUGAGGAAGCUUCUUCCCGACUGUCUGCAAAAAUGACUACUUAAGUAGUACGAAUUUCCGCCUUGAUUUUUGAUGCCCUAAUAAAUGUCCCUAUAUUUUACUGAAAACGUGCACGAAAAUAUCGUCUCUUGUAUUGUCAUUUGGCGCAAAGUACGUCUUUGGAUUUUUCACCUCAAGAGGGGACGUCUUCCGGUUUCUAAAAACUGUUUCAACUCCGGAAUUAAUUUCUUGCCCCACCUGCCGUUGCAAUUACGCUCAGGGUUUCCAAACUGCAUACCGUGUGCAUUCCGUCGAAAGAAUAUCACACAUUUCUGCAUGCUAUUAGGUACCCGUCAUAUAGCAAUCAUAAAAUUGUGGAGUGCAUGCGGACCAGAUUGUACACUUUAUAGGUAGCAUUAAAGACGUGCUGAUUCGAUGCUUUAUAAAUAGAAAUUUCACAGUCUAAACAAGUCUCAUAAUUGAAAUCUUCUUCAAAACUGAAAGAUAUCUUUUCUUUGAGUGAAAUAACUGAAGAAGACGUAGUUUGCUGCCAAAUGAGUACGAGAAAGAACAUUUUCCGCACGUUGUCUAUGAAAUAUAAUUGAAUUUAUAAGGACAUUGAAAAUCAAUGGGAAAAUUCAUACUAUUUAAUUGGCCAUUUACACGGAGUGUAAUUCUGUCAGGCGACGGGAAAAAAGUUCAUUCAAAAUCCGGCAUCCAGGCGUGAUUGAAAUAUUUUAGGAUCCUGCCGCACGAAGAUUGAUAUCACGACCCCCAUUUUAGUUUCCUUUCGAGUCGAAAAUAGAUUUUAGAAUUGUGCUUGACAUUUUUUUGAGAUGGCACAUAUACCGCCUGCCUUAUUUGAAGAUUAUUUUGGUAUUUACAGGAUUUAUUGGUGAACGCAAAUGACCUUAAGGUUGUGCCUCCUCCAAAUCAAAAUCACAUCUCGUUUCAUCCGUACUAAAAGAUCGCCUAUUGCUCCUGGUAGUUUGGAGUCACUCGGUGGCACACCUGCAGAUAGCGGCCGCCCUAAACGCCCUAUUACUACAAAUCUUUAAAGACACAAACUCUCGUCUUCGACGUAUUAAAGUCAAGAUGGACGCAAUUUAUGGCAUAGGGAGUAUCAAAGUGACCAUGUAUGUUGACACUUAUUUUAAACCACAAUAUUAGGUGUGCCUCUUCAUGUAGAAUCCUGGUAGUUUCGUUGCUUUUGGGCAAUAAUUUCCUAUGUUCACGCAAUCUCCACCCAAGUUCCACAGACAACACGCACUCCCUCCCCUUUUCCGAAGGGAUACCAAUUUGAGUACUUUAAAGUUAGCCCCAUGUCGUUUCGUACGGACUCCGUAGUAUGGGCCAGACGCCAUACGUCUUGGACUGUCGUACGAAUAGGUUGCGUUGACACCCCUUAGCCUCACCCUCGUGGAAUAAGGCUGGCGCCUUGAAUCGUGUUUGGGAGUAGGUCACCAUUCGUCAUGCUAGAAUGUCGCAUUGACAAGUGGCCUUGAGGAGUCAGAGUUGUCCACCACACCUGUUAAUAUUUCUCGCUAUAACGGCAAACCUGACCUUCACUCAAGUUCACCUUUUCGGGUGACAAUCAUGGGACCGGCAGACAUCUCGUGGCCAAGUCAACAGAAAGGUGAUCGUUUCCCCAAAAUCACCGUUUUCCCCCCCGGGCCUGCUACGGUUUUGGUUAUGCUUGAUCCACCCUACCUUAGCGGUUUCACGAGUAGCAUUUCCUCGUGCGUGUUGACAUGUGACAGCGGAUCUGGUGAGCUUAGGCUGCCCUCCUCUUACCCAACAACAUUGAAUUCAGGGGGCGGGUGAGGAAAAAUAUGGUAAAAUCAGCCCAGCUGUCUUUCUUUGGCGCCUUGGUAUGCCCUCACGAUAUCAGAGGGGAUUUUGGUUGGAAGACUGUUGUGAUUCUCUUGAAGAAUACCUUCUAGACAACGGAGGUCGGAAAUCUCCAGUUCUUGCUAGUUUCCCACCACUUGCUAACGAUUACCCACUAUCGCUGCUGCACAAGGUGGGCGCAGGGGUGGCCUACGCGUGAAUUUGUCUAUAGCAUAACAGGGAGGGCAAAUCGGCUGGGUACCUACUUCACGCGAUAUUCAUUGGUGAGAUUUGGCUCUAUCUACGGUUCCAUGGGCACCUUUAGAGCCAGGAGAAGCCGUACUAGCAGCGUCGACCCGGACGAUGAUUUAAUGACAAGAUGACCCCGAGAUGCUUGGAACUGUCCAAUUCUUCAAACUGACAGCGACCAAUCACAACCAUCCAUGCUUCUAGUCAAAAGUUGAACUGAAGAAGUGGCCGCGAACAUAUCAUCUGAAUUCUAGGGUUUGGGCACAGGUCCGGCGAAAAUGUGAACUCGGUUUUUUUUCCCAGUAAGUCCAUCGGCUAGAUCGCAGUUGGUAGCCAGGCCCCGUGUUACAGGUGGCUGAGGGUUUGCUUACUGGGGCUACUUUUUGGGGUUCCAUAAUCACAUCUGACCCGUUUGGCUUCCGAUUUACGUCUGAGGUUAGGAAUAGGGUACCGGUUAAUGGUUUCCGAUUUUCGGGUUAGGGUUAUGCCUUUAGGCUUAGGUUUUCGGGUUACGGUUAGGGUUUGAGCGUAUGAUUAGGUUUCAGUAUUACCGUACAGGCACAGGUCCGGCGGAAAUGUGAACUCGGUUUUUUCCCCGUAAGUCCAUCCGCCCCUGCUCUCUCUAUCGACGCACUGCGUUUCUUUCCUGCCCUGCCAGGUUUGUUCCCAGUCAACUCACCUGCACAUCUCGUGCCGAACGGAGGUAUUUACUACGCACUCUACUUGGCCUCAUUGAGGUGAGCCUACUUUGUCGACCGUUGGCCCAACUGAACGCCACCGAUUCGGAUCGUGUCUUCCUCCCCGCAGAGCUCAUCACCCUCAAAGCCAGCCUGCGUUAUUGUCAGGGUAGGUCCACCUCAGCAUACAUCUGUCGCCUAUCGUUUUUUUUUUGAGCUUCGCCAUUAUUAACACUGCCUUCUCGCAUUCCUGCCUACCUCAAGAUCCACAUGCACUGCCGGCUGCCGGCCAGAUUGGUGCCUUUGUGCAGAACAGUCUACAGUCUGCGGGUAUCCAGCGUCUCCUAGUUGGCAAAACCCUUGAGGACGUCCAAGAUGUGAGGUUUCCUUUUUGUUACGCUAUUCAUGGCCUACCUGUGUCAUUCGUUAAAUUUAAGCCCCCUUGACUUACACCUUUUUUGCAGCGAAUACUGCACUUAGAGCGGCAGCUGCCAUGGGUGCGUUCAUAUUUGGUUAAACCGGUCCACCUCCCCCCCGCCGUUGGCUUACGACCAAUAACUGGACAGGAGCAUAUGGUUCCGAAUAAUUUCUUUUAAUGCGCAGAGUGCGCUGGCUCUGAUUGAAGGAUCAAGCUGCUGAUAACUGGAAUAGCUUUUAUCACAGGCCACCCAGGACAGGUUGAAACCGCAGAUAUUCCUAGUUCUCAACCUCCGAGCUAUUGCAGUCGCGCCUGACAGUCAGGCGACUUAAUUGGUAGUUUGUUCCCCCUCUAGACGUGCGCAUGAUUGCGGUAACUCGGGGAUCGGGCAUUUGGCCAAUUAUCCUCUGGGAAACUCGGCCCCCAAAGUCCAUCUCACUAAGCGUUAUAGCCACCGUCUACAUCCAACCACGCCAAACACACGCCAGGAUUCUUUCUUGGCAAAUCGUGAGAAACUGCUCUGGGCCCUUUCAUCUUUGGUGGGAUCACAUUUGGUCAUGUUGAUCGAAUCAUCCAUUUUCGAGACAAUGAAUGAGGCUACCUUCAUAAACACCGAAAGACAGACACACAAACGACAAUUUUGCCUUCAUUUUGUUGGCUACAUCUUUUUUGUUUAGGAUCACGACCCCGCUUCCUUUGUCAGGUCUUGAGAUGAAGACCUCAGUAGUCUUACGUAGGUCAGUUAGGGCCGAGAUUGAGGCUCAAUUUGAAGACCUAUAUCACCAAUUAUCGGAAUUAACACCGACGUCAGAGGACAAUGUGAGAUGGUUGAAAGCGAAAUUCGUAGAUAUCGCCUAUCAAUACAGGGCUACAUCUUUGUCCUUAUAUCGACCGAGAUAAGAUUUCGUGCCGUAACGACGAGGUGGUGGGUGUACGAUAGGAGGAUUUGGAGAUAGUCAGCUAGAAUCCCAGACAGCACUUUUCUGUUCGUGUGUGUCAGUGUCUGACUGGGCCAGUGGUUUGUGCGGCAUUGCCACAGUGGGUACAGACUAGUACUAUUUCGUCAUUGGUGACCAUUACCAUGGCGGCCUUUGUCAUGCGGUGACUGCAAAAGUAUCUGAGGAUGAAGGUUCACAGGACAAGUGUGGGGAGGGGGAAGUUAUUCCAGAGGUAUGGUAUUCCGGAGUGGGGCGGGUAGGUUGACAGCGUUGGCAUCGCAGUAGAUGCGGAGGUGAUCUACAAGCCUAAUCUGUAACCCAAACGUGUACUGACAGUUUGGACAUUUUGGGUGGGACUGAGCAGCGACAGCGUUUGUCCGCUGCUUGCCGUUUCUCUUGCGGGCCGCCCGUAUUUGGUUAUCUCCGGAGGGUGCUACCCUAAUUUUCGUGGCAGGCUGUUACCCAUAGCGACCCUGCGCGAGGGUUUCCUAGAUCUUUUUAUUGCUUUUGAGACAUUUUGGUGGCGUCUUCAGUGUCGUUGCAGCGCUGGUGUUUGCCCUUCCUCGCAAGCAUCUUCAGAGGAAUCACCAAAAUGACCCGUUUAGGCGGACGCCCGUUAGCCUUUCCCACAACGUAUUUGCUCCACCUAAGUUGGAAUGAUUUUAGUAAUGCCAGUCAAUUCGAGAACCCCGGUGUUGAUGAUCGUUCCAGCAACUUCUCUAGCAUUGUCCGAGGGCCGACUAGUUGAAGGUGUACGCAUUUAUUUUCUCGGUUCAUUUGAAUGGCCCAGGUUCCCGCGUCGCAGAGAAUUGUUGCCAGGAUGACAGCCCUAUUUGUCCUCUGUUUGAUGUUUACUAUGAAUCCACCGUCAGAUUGAAGAUUGAGGCCAGUGUGAUCCGGAUUGCAAUUUCGGCAUUAAUUUUGCUGCUUCGUGAGAUAGUACUUCUGGCUCACCACUUUGGGGCCAUAAUCAUAGAAGGCGCUCAGUACUUCCGCGGUUGAUGCGUAACACCUGCCUCCGCUGCGUUGAGGGUCUACACGAAGUUGGUGCAUCAGAAGGCAGGGGCGAUCUCGUCGGCUUUGGAAUGGUGAAGAAUGGAGUGUGUCGCGGUCCCAACGAACGGCUUCUAAUUGACGGAACUGAGGAGAGGGGUAGCCUAGCUUAAGUCAGGGCGUAGCAUUACGCUCGUGAAACGUGUAUCGAAGUAUGCGUCCUGAUUCAGUACUCCAGUAGUGAGUGAUGCGCCGAAAGGACCCCACUCAUUUUAAAACGAAGUCGCGAGUACUAUAUCGACCGUUGGGUGGAUAUGGAGGAGGCUGACGCCUACAGACGACGAAACUAUAUGAGCACCAACUUGCAGCGUGAAACACGACUCCGUAGUUUCGGGUGGCGACCCAUGCCAUCAAAACCGGCCAUAGCUGUGAUCUUAGCGCAGAGGCAACCAUCGUAUGCUGAGAUAGUUGUAACAGACGUCACUGGCAGACAACCAGUCAACCGUCAGAUUAACUUUUAUGCAGCCUAUGUGGUUUUUGUGCCGUCACCUACUAAAACCAAAAACCACGGGAAAUGGGCCAAAGCAUACGACCAUCUAACCAACCAAUUAUUGAUGCUGAAGACAAAGGUUGAGUUGACGGCAACAACUUGCAACCGGCCGACGGACGUUGUCGAUGCCAGUCGUGAAUCCACUUCUUGACUCUUGGAAUUCAGCUCUCUUUCUCUGACAAAUUCUCGGCAAGACAUGCAGGAACUUACUUGUCUACUCCCCUCCUCUUGUGUAAACCUCAUCUUCCAAUUUCUCUCUCUUUCGUGAAUGCAGUUUUUCGACUACAGUCUGCAGCCCUACGUAGUGCUUGCCUGCUCAGUUCGAGCUGUCUGGCUGCAGGGUCAUGAUAUCUCCGUGUCCUUUGCCGGCCAAGACGCCGUCUCCUCAGGGCUCUCCCAGUCAGACGAGAUCCUCUCGUCGUCCUGCUCCUCUUCCUCGGACGUCGACUCACUCACCUCAGGACGUGUCUGCUGGCGCUCCUCAUCCUCCUUCUACGAAGCCGCUACUAAGUUGGCAGAUAUGACGUUACAGUCCUCAGCCAGGUUCGUAGAACUCCGCCUCCUCCCCUACCUGUCUACAGUUUUGUCUUUAUGUUAUUAUCGAAAAAGACGAGGGAGACUGGAAUGACCAUUUAUGGCUUAUUAGCCGUCGUCAGCCAGUCAUACCCAACCCCCCGAAGUGUGGCACACCCGAGGCUCGAACUCGCGACCUAUUAGCUAGAAGUCCACGCCUCUAACCACUGGGCCACGAGCCCGUUGUCCAGUCGGUUUCGCCCGGGAAUAUACAAUGGUAGAGAGGGGCGCUCACUGAUCGUUCUUACGUUCUUCUACUCUUUGCCAACUGACGACUGGGUCAGUGCCCUUAACGCUAACACAUUUUUACGAAGUAUCACUCAUUUUCAUUUGCGUUUGCUCACACACGCCCUCUGAGUGGUAGUGGUGGGGUGCAGUGCGCUUGGUAUAUUCUGUGUGAGAUGUGGCUUCCAGGAGAAGUUCCUCAGGACUUCAAGGACGCCACAAUCCUCCGUCUCUACAGGUUAAAAGGGAACCGCCAAAUCUGCGACAACCACAGGGGCAUCUCUCUGCUCAACACCGCUGGCAAAGUCUUCGCGUGGCGCGCACUUGCAGAACGCGCCCCGAAUGAACAAACACAGAGGGAUUCACAGAAGUGACCAGAGCAGUUAAGUCUGACGUCAAGUAAAGCCGUCAUCUCGUGGGAGUAGCGCUUAUCAGCUAUAGAACAGAAUUCGAGCGUUCCGCUUUGACUUUGGAGCUCUGGUCUCCGGACUCAAUUCCAAGUUUAUUCAUAAACACUAACGUGCCAGUCCUCGACUGGGAAUCCUCCAAGGAACCUGCAUUCAUUGCUUCCGAGAAGAAAAUUAAUACUUAACUGGCAUUGCGCUUUGAUUAGUCAAGGCGUAUUAUUGUUCCUGGUGUGUUAACAGUCGCUGGGGUUUAGAAGAUUGCAAACUGAGGGCCUAGUUUAAUCCUCUCCCAGACUGAGGGUCAGGCUAGUGGCUUCCGAUUGAUGGCCUCUCUUCCCCAUAAUGUAAGGUUAUCUCAAUGGCCUUCGGUGAACCGUCUGACGCAGGGUUCAUUUCAAACCCAGUCGGUUUGCACACCAUAUUAGGUCGCUCUGACUCACUAGACUCGAAAUCUCGUUUACCUUUUUUCCGGUCUCUGUGUCUAGAAAAGAUUACUGCACCAUUUCCCAUCAUACAUCCAUCCAUCAUCAUCGAUGCAGUGCUGGUUUAUUCACCGGACUAGACGCACCCGAUGUCAAAGCUAUGUCAGAAGACAGUAAGCGGGUAACUCGCUUAUUCAUUGUGGUUCUAUAGCAAUAAACAGUAAGAUUCGCCUGCUAUGGUUGAACUGCCAUUUCCGCUAAUGUGUCCUUAAGUACUUCUGAUCCCCAACUGAAGGUACACCUUUGAAGGAAGGUUUUCGAGGUAUCAAUUUUGUUAGGGAGUUAGUCGUACUCACUGCCUUUCCGCGUUCAAUCGACUGCAUUAAGUGACCAUUACUGCUGCUGCAGUAUUAUGUCCGUCGCGCUAUCCACUCGUCACGCUCUACUGAAGGAGGUUGGGCCUUCGUUUUAAUGUCAUGUUUUACAAUCAUACUACAACCAUAUUAUUACUGAGGUGGGCUGCCUGUCGACGGCGCGAACACUCGGCCGUCUGUGCUUGGACCUCUAGCCGGCGACCCCUUUGUAAAUUGUACUCAACGGCUCUAUCAUGCACUGUACGAAAGGUAUAUCUUUGUUGACAGUAGGAGGGCGGCAAUUUGGCCCUUUUCAUGUGAGUGAUUGUCGUUCCCUUGUCCCCCCCGCCUUUACUCAGAGUUUCGGUGACUCUUGUCAGCAAGCCGCUCCUGACCGCCCUCCGGCUGCACUUUCCCAUCGUCUCUUUCUGUCUGUUUCAACCGUCGUCGAAAUCACCGCCGCCGCCGCCGCCGGUGGUGGUGGAGGAUUGUCUACAAACCAUAAAGUAAGCAAAUAGUUCUCUUCCAAAAUCAUCACUGCUCGCCGCCCGCCUGGCGUAUCACCAUCUGUGGGUUUUUGUCUUUUUACAGUGUUGACAAGGUUUCUCAGGUCCUGGCUGCUGUUGAUCGCGGGCCGGACUACCUAUCGCGCGCGGUCCGGCGGGUCUGGGAAGCACUGGACUCCUUUGUGUAUACUGACGCCACGUUGUAA